AUGCCCUCCUUCGUCCACGAUGCGGACCACAAGAACUUCGAGUACCGCGAGCCGCACGACCGCCUCCAGGACGGCCUCGCGGCGCUGCGGCGCGGCCAAUUUGACCGGCCGGUGCUCGGCGUCGACCUGGGGAGCCACGCGUCGCGCGUCGGCGUCGUCGUCGGCGGGCGCGUCGAGCUCUGCGGCGGCGUGCUGCCGUCGCGCGUCGCGCGCGUCGACGGCGCCUGGGUCGUCGGCGCCGCGGCGUCCGCCGCGGCGGACGCGGAGUCGCCCGUCGGGGACCUCGGGACCGAGCCCGCGCCCGCGGCCGCGCCGCCGCCGCCGCCGCCGCCGGAGGCCUUCGACGCCGCGGACGUGAUCCGCCCCGUCGAGGAAAGCGAGGCCGCGCCGCCGCCGCCGCCCGCCGACUCCGACUCGGACACGGACGCCACCGACGACGAGCCGCCGCCGCCGCCGCCGCCGGCCGCGCCGCGGACGGCGGCGUCGAAGGCGGCGCUCCUGCUCGGCGCGCUGCGCGGCGCCGCCGGGGACCGCACGGCCUGCAAGCGCGCGCGGUCCUGCGUCGUCGGCGCGCCCGCGACCGCGUCGCGCGCGCGGCGCCUCGCGACGCUCGACGCCGCCGAGGCCGCGGGCCUCGGCGUGCUCCGCGUCGCGUCGGAGCCGCUCCUGAUCGCCCUGGCCCACGGCGUCGACGGCGGCAACCCGGAGGCCGUACACCACUGCCUCGUCGUCGACGUCGGCGCGCACUGCGACGUCGCCGUCGUGCGAUGCUGCGACGGCGUCGCGGAGCUCGUCGCCGCGCGCCGCGAGGGCGGCUGCGGCGGCGACGGCCUCGACGCGAAACUCUGGGACGCGGCGAAGGCGGGCCUGCGCGGCGCGUGCGCGCCCGCGGCGUGCUCCGACGCCGCCGGCGUCGCAUCGGUCCGAAAGGCCCGGGAAGCGCUGGGGCGCCUCGAGGCCGCGGUGCUCGACGUCGCGCCCUGGACCCUGGACCGCGAAGCGCUCGAGGACGCGGGGAGGGAGGUAGCGGCAGACGUCGCGGCCGCCGCGCGGCGCGCGCUCCGCGCCGCGGGUCUCGCGGCCGCGGACUCGGUCGUCUUCGCGGGCGGCGCGGCGUCCGCGCCGGGCCUGCGCGACGCGCUCGCGCCCCUGGGCGCCCUCCGGCCGCCGGGGAAAUUCGCGCCCGCGGACGCCGUCGCCGUCGGCGCGACGCGGUUCGCGGAGCGGCUCCUGCGAAAGGACGGCGCGGCGCUCGAGACGGCCUACCUCGACGAGGGCGUCGCCUGCGUCGCGCCCGCCGUGCCGGCGCCGCCGAAACCGGCGCCGGCGCCGACGGCCGCGGACCACACGGCGGCCUACUACAAGAAGUGGGACGCGUUCGACCCGUCGGACUCCGACGACGAGAACACGACGACGCCCGGCAUCGACAUCCAGACGGGCUCGCCCCGGCCCAAGGCGCGGGAGACGGUCUACGUCGACAUGUCCGUGCCGUCGCCGGCGGACGUCGACAUCUACCUCGACGAGGGGGAGCGCGUCGCGGGCCGGAAGCCCAGGCCCAAGGGCGAGCCGCCGGAGACGCCGCCGGAGCCGCCGCCGAGGACGACCGGGCGGAGGAAGAAGCCGACGUGGCGGGAGGUGGCGACGCGGCCGUUCUAA